CUUACUGAAAAGUUUACAUACUUUACACUUGGAAAUUGGGAACUGUGCUGUAUCGUUGUAUCUUAACUAUUGUUCUCGAGAUUUAAAUUUUAUCGUGUAUCUUAAUUGGUUUUAAUUGUCUUGAAAUAUGACGGUGUUAGUGUUAAUGAUUGUCCUCCUCAACUUAGGUGGUGGUGCUCUUGGACAGAUGACACAAACCUCUUCCUUUUCCCUGGGGUCUCUAUUUCAACUCCCCAGGCAUUGCAUCGUCAACCUUUUGUCCUGCAAGGAAAGUUGCAGUGAAUGUGGCUAUUGCUAUGAGAAAUUUUUGGACUGUGUCAUGGACUUUACGGCCGAUAAAAAGAAUCAGACUCUAGGAGGCACUCCAGGCAUUCAAAAUACCGAGGGAACCUUCGAGGAUGAUACUACAGAAAACGAAAUGCCUUCCAUAUGCAUAGAAAAAUUCAAGAAGUGUUUGCAGGGGAACUGUACUGAAUGCAUAUUGUGUUUCAAUGUAGCAAUAGAAUGUGUAGAUCAGCACACGAUGCAAGAAGCUGAUGAUGACGACGAUGACGACGACUACGACAACUACAACUACUUUGCUGGACCUAUGCAUGAUGCUCCUCGGUACCCAGGGUGGUUUGGUUAUCCAGCAAGUCCCCUCCAGUAUGGCGAUUUCAUGGCGUACUCUAACCAUCCGGGAUAUGGAGUACCUACAGUACCUAUGUUUCCAGGAGGAGCCGACCAACGUUCCGGCUCUUCUUACAUAGAUCAGCUAACGAAUGCCUUUAAUCUAGGACAGCUACCAUUUAUUCCGAACACCUUCGGUUUUUUCAAACCGCAAGUGCAGAGUAGCACUCCUCCGACAGUUCCUGUUAAUCCAACUACUGAAAAUAUGGCAGUUACUGUUAAUCCAACUACUGAAACUCCAACUACUGAAAAUGUGGUGACUCCAACCACUGACCCUCCCGUGUUGUUCCAGGGUUGCCUGUCAAGAUUUACAAAAUGCCUUGUGACUUGUUUUGAAUGUAACACCUGUUUCCCAGAAUUCCAGAAAUGCAGUGUUUCUGCUUUCAGACCAAGAAUUAAAUUUAAUGUCUAACUUUAAAGAGGUUUGGAGUCUUGAACACUGUGAUCCAAGAUUUUGUAAGUUUUAAAAAAAUAUAAAAUAGUCUACAGUAUAUCUUGAGUAGUUUCACUGGCAAUUUCUUUAUGCCAAUUUUGAAAUUUAUUCUUUAGUGAUGUCUAAAUUUUAUCUUUGAGAAAUUUCUCGAAAUUUGGGUAAAGCUGCAGAAAAAUGUAUGUAGUGCUUUUAAGACUGUACCAUCUACCAGGCAGUGAGUAAAUUAUGCAAAUGCUUGCCUUUCAGGAGGUUAGUUUAUGCAUCUUAAACGAUUGAGGUUCCACACUAGUUACUAACUCUACUGCAUAAUGGUUGCCUUAUUUUUUAAGUUCAUGUGACAGAAUGCUGAACUUAUUUAGGAAGAAAUUAAAGUAUUGAAUACAAGCUGAAUAAAUUCACACUGGUGUUUGUUGAACAUUAAAGCAAUGCAAGUAAAAUGCCUUUCUGUUGAAGUAUGGGGUGGAUUAUUUUUUUGCCAUUAAUGAUGGCAAGGCGUCAGUUACAAGUUAAAUGCUCUCAUGAUUCUCUUCCUUAACAGCACCUAAACUAUGUGCAGUUACAUUCAGUAAUUUGCUUCAGUAGGCAUACUGUAUAGUAAUACUUGGGAAGAGAAAAGAAUGACUAGUACACCCAUCAGUUUAAGAGAAAAGUUUGUUUCCCUGUUAAGAGAUUUUUGGUGGUAAAUACAGGUAAUUCCUACAUAAUAAGAUUACAGUGGAGGUAGUUCUUUAGGCUUUACUUGCUUGUGGCUUCCAUUACCACAAAAUUUAUAAAAGCUAUUCUUAUUUUAGGUUCAUAAAAGUAUGUAUGUAAUUUGGCCUGAAGUAAGCCUAUUGGUGCAAAAAAUGAUAUCUUUCAUGUCUCCCUUUGAAAUUACAUGGUGAUUUUCAGGAUAGACUAUAUUUAAAAAUUUAUUUAAUUUGCCUUAUGGUCAUAAUCUAGAUCUGGGAGCAAUAAGGGCAUGAAGUACUGUUGUUGUAAACACUGAAAUACCUGUGUGACACCUGUGCAAAAUGUAUCCCGGGAGAUGAGGAUGAAGGUGAUGAUAGGUAGUGUGGUUAAAAAAAAAAAAAAAAAAAAAAAAAAAAAUGGGAGGACCAAAACUUAGUUUGGUCUUUAUCAGCAUCCAGUAAGUAUAUACUAUUUAAAAUGGGAAUAACCAAAUUUAAUUACCCCUAACAUGAAAAUCAAUGUGCCUCAAGCAGUGGGCUGUAGGCACUACUUAAGGUUCUUCAUAUUCUGUAUUCCAUCUUACACCUGCAACCUUUUAUGCCUGUUAGGCCUUUUAAGGCCUUUUCACUAGUUUUCCCUUACAGUGCUGAAUGUCCUCAUAGGGCUCAGCACUUGGCCUGUGAAAGCACAUCAAUGGCGUGGUCAGUAUGGUGUUGGUUUGCCACCUCUGUGGCCACAAGUUCAAUUCUCAGGCAUAAGAAUGCAUUAGUUACCAACACAGACUGUCAAUCCCCCGGAAAGAGAUGUCGGCUCCCUGGUCUCAAGUUUGCAAUGGAAAAGCUUUUAACCUAUAUAACACUUGGGCAAUAGUUACUUGACAGACUCUAUUGGUAAGAGUUUAGUACUUUGCUUUGCAUGAACUACAUUGGAGCUACGGCAGUGUCCACAAUAAAGUAAAACUACAAACUUGUCUGCAUCCGUAUCACUGGUGGAGAAUUAAGUCUGCAAAUAUUGGCUAUUAACUUGCAAUGGUGAAACCAGUAUAAUCAUGUUUCAAGCAACUGUUAACUUUUAUUGAAUAUAAAUUUAGGCCAAGAACCAAGCACUGGGACCUACGAGGUCACAUAAGUGCUGAAACAAACUGACAGUACGGUGGCCCUGUCCCUAUGUUCGGGGGGUACGUGUACCAGACCACACACGAACAGUUGGAACCCCUAUAAAAAUGCUGAAAAUGGCAUAUUUCGUUAGUCAAAACUUGAGAAAAACCCACUAAAAAUUUUUACACCUGGUUUUUUUGUUUCAUUAAUUGCAUUUUAAGUUAUGAGAUUUUUCUCAUAGGAAAAUACUGUGAAUAGGGAAAUUUUCCCAGAAUAAUGGGUUGAUAUGGUCCCGAGAGAAAUCUGAGGUCCCUCUAUAAAAGGUUUGGAAGGUUAACAGAAGGAAAACCUCUCUUUCUGGCACAACUUAAAUGUCCCUCCACUUUUUCUUUUAAUUUCUGGGAAAAGCAUAGGUGCAUCCAAAGUCUAUACCUACCUUUGGGAGGAUAUUAAGUCAAUUAAUAUGAAGCUAUAAAAAGGAGGGCUCUUACCUUACUGACAUAUUGAAGAUUGAGUCUUGCAGUUUGGACUUGUGCUAAUGAUUGAAGCCAUUUUAGUUACGUCAAUGGUUUACUAAGAACAGCUCAUUAGAAAUAUCACUGCAGUCACACCAGAUCUAGCCUGCAAUUUUUAGGGUGCGCGCGCACUAAUGUUAGAAAAUAUCCCAGUUAGAAUGACACAUUGCUGUCUCAUGCUACCUGCAGUGCAGGACAAGGUUAGCAGGAAGGAAUGUGCACAAUACAUGAGGUGUGUACACACCUCAUAACCCUGAGAUGCACCGUUCAGGAACAAUUGGGUAGUUAUUCACAAUGAACAACGAAGAUCUCGAGGCAUAAGCUACACCUGACAAAAUGGAUAGAUUCUCUGUCUCGGUUGUCCUCGACAGAUAACUGCUGUUCCCAUUUGAUAACAGUCUGAGGCCAGGUGCACUUAGACACUGACCUGCUUGCCAGUAGACAAGGAAUACCAGGGUCUUAGGGUGCAGUUCUGCUUUAAUAACACAUGCUUGCAUCUUUCUAGCAAUUCACAACAAAACUGUCAAAUAUUAAAGAUGAAAAGGAGUGUUGCAUUUGAACUGCAAAAACUAAUCCUAAAAAAGCAGCUCGGGAUAUGACUAUUCAACCAAGCUACGUUAUUGUCUUCGGGAACAGUAGUAGUUUCGGUAUACGUCUGCAAUUGGGUCUCUGGGUUUAAAAGGAUUUAAGGAGUAAUUGGAGCCGACAGACAGCAUGGAAUAAUGGUAACAAAUUGGAAGUCAUAAUGUGGAAAAUUCUGAAGUCAUCAAAAAAUAAACAUUUUAUUAAUACACAUAUGUACAAAAAGUCACUCGAUACAUUCUUCAAGGUACAUUAUACAAUACAAAACCACAGUAAGAAAAUUAACAUGAUAUACGUUGCCACUUUACAAAUUCUGCUGCAGUGUGUAUACCAAAUCUAAACUCACCACACAGUUUCUCCAUUAACCAUCGUAUACAAAAUGCGAAGAGCAUUUAGUAAUCUUGCUGGGACAUUCAGGUGAUACUGAAAUCUAUAGCUAUCCCCUGCUCUUUAUCAGAUUUUGGACUAUCCCAAGCAGAGUGCCAGUAUAAUGUAAUGAAAGCUUUGUAAAAUGUAUUAUAUUAUUUAAAUAAAAUCCAAGUAAAUCAAAACUUUUCAUACCCCUGCCCUGUUCUUAAUGAGUUUGGAGAACAAUCCAAAAUUAG